AUGGCCGACGACGAGAAGGAUGCCCUCGACGCACUUGAGAAGGAAGCGUCGGAGUUCGCCAAGGAUGCUGAGAUAGACCGAAUCCGAAAGGCAUUCCCGCUGGAUGCCUACGCCGUUCUCGACCUCCAGCCGGGUGUGCCUGAAUCGGACAUCAAGCUUCAGUACCGCAAGAAAUCGCUCCUGAUCCACCCGGACAAGACCCGAAAUCCCCUGGCGCCGGAUGCCUUUGACCGGCUCCGAAAGGCACACGAUACCUUGAUGGAUGAGAAGGCCCGCACGCACCUGGACGAAUGCAUCGCGGACGCCCGACGGCUUCUGAUCCGGGAGCACAAGUACACGCUCGACUCGCCGGAGCUCAAGACGGAGGAGUUCAAGGCGGAAUGGCGGCAGAAGACGGUCGAGGUGCUGCUCCAAGAGGAGGCGCGUCGACGGCGCCAGAUGAGGGCGAAGAUGCAGGAGGAAGGCCGCGAGAAGCGGAAGGAGGAAGAGGAGAUGGAAGCGCGCAAGCGCAAGCGCGAGGCGGAGAAAGCGUGGGAAGAGACGCGAGAGGAGCGAAUCGAAAGCUGGCGGGCAUGGCAGAAGGGAAUCAAGAAGGAUAAAGGCGAAGGGGAGAAGAAGAAGAAAAAGAUGAAGGUCCUCGGUUGA